UCCUUUUAUCCAGCGACCGCAGCCACAACUGUGAGCGGAAAGCGCGGCGGAACGCUUGGGCCCCGGGUUCCCGUUUCCUCACGCGCCCCGAGCCGCUUUGGGCGGCGGACCGGGAGACCCGGAGCGUUCGGGAGGGCGGACCGCAGAGGUUGUCUGAAGGCCGAGGCCGAGAUGGCGGCCCUGCCAGCUCCCGGCCUGCUCCGUGCCCGGAUCCUGGGUCUGCGGCCCAGCUUGGGUGCAGCUGCGCAGGUGCGGGGCAUCCAUCAGAGCGUGACGUCCGGUGGCCCCAGCAGCACCCAGCCCGCUGUGCCCCAGGCCCGGGCUGUGGCCCCCAGGCCCAGCACACAGCCCAGCAGCCGGGCCGAGUAUGUGGUGGCCAAGCUGGAUGACCUCAUCAACUGGGCCCGCCGGUCGCAGGUGCUGAAGCCGCUGGUCCUCGUCAGUGAUGAGCCCAAAGCCUCGCCCCGCGGCCGGCCUGGCAGUCCCGCCCCCGCGGCCAGCACGUCUGGGCCAGCGCAGUGCUUGGGCCAGCUCAACAAGCCCCCACUGACUGUGCGUCUCCACUCUGUCUUUCUGGGCCACGGACGCUGCCAGGGGCAUGUCCUGCCAAGCGGCUGUGGGGUGCUUGUAAUUGGGGCCCAGAACAUGGUCAGGUCUGAGCCGCAGGCACUGCUCAGGUCCUCACGCGCCUUCUCCCGCAGCUGUGCCAACGGCGGCGGCUACUACCACUACUCCUACUCGGUCGUGAGGGGCUGUGACCGCAUCGUGCCCGUGGACAUCUACGUCCCAGGCUGCCCGCCCACGGCCGAGGCCCUGCUGUAUGGCAUCCUGCAGCUGCAGAGGAAGAUCAAGCGGGAGCAGAGGCUGCAGGUCUGGUACCGCCGGUAGCCGAGUCCAGCCGGAGCUGAGGCCGCGUCCGUCCCCCCCCAGAGUCAAUAAACCUGCCUGGCCCUGCCUGCUGCCCGCUGCCCUGGGCUGGGGUGGCCUCUGGCCUGUGCAUGGCAUGGUCAGGUGCCCCCCAGCCUAUGUCCACACCGUGGGGACAGGGCGACUUUGUGGUGGGUUGGGGAGCCACGUGUCUUGCCUGCUGCCUAGGACGGGACCCUCACCUGGCCCAGGUGAGCCCCUUUGGGGGCCGCUGGCCCUGGCUCCACCUCCCGCAGCCUGAUACCCUGAGGCAAGCCCUGAACCCGCUGGAGUCUGUGGCCUCUUCGAGAACAUGUAUUCAUUCAACAAA